AUGCACACCGAGACAGCUGGCAAUAAUGGCAUCCGGCGGCGGCGCCAUGGCGCCGUCGCGCUGCUGCUCGCAGCCGUAGUGGUCCUCGCCGCCGCGGCCCAGACGGCUGCGGCGCACCCGCCGCGCGGCGGGGUGACGAGCAGGUACGUGCGGAAGCACCAGGCGUCGGACGACAUGCCGCUGGACGCGGACGUGUUCGCGGUGCCGGCGGGCCGGAACGCGCCGCAGCAGGUGCACAUCGGGCUGGCGGACCAGACGGGCACCGCCAUCUUCGUGUCCUGGGUCACCGUGGAGGCCGAGGGCAACAGCACCGUCCUGUACGGCCGCGCCGCCGACAACAAGCUCGACCUCGCCGCCGAGGGCAUCAUCACGCGCUACACCUACUACAACUACACGUCGGGCUACAUCCACCACUGCACGCUGGCAAACCUCGACCACGGCACCAAGUACUACUACGCCGUGGGGUUCGGCGACACGGUGCGCACGUUCUGGUUCACGACGCCGCCGGCGCCGGGGCCCGACGUGCCGCUGCGGCUGGGGCUCAUCGGCGACCUGGGCCAGACGCCCGACUCCAACAGCACGCUGACGCACUACGAGUCCCACCCGGGCGACGCCGUGCUGUUCCCGUGGGUGUGGACGACGGGCAACCACGAGGUGGACUUCGCGCCGGAGCUCGGCGAGCUGGCGCCGUUCAAGCCGUUCACGCACCGGUACCCGACGCCGUGGAAGGCGAGCGAGUCGUCGGAGCCGUACUGGUACUCGGUGAAGCUGGGGCCGGCGCACAUCAUCGUGCUGUCGUCCUACUCGGCGUUCGGCAAGUACACGCCGCAGUACAAGUGGCUGGAGGCGGAGCUGAAGCUCGUGGACCGGGAGGUGACGCCGUGGCUGUUCAUCAGCACGCACGUGCCGUGGUACAACAGCAACAACUUCCACUACAUGGAGGGCGAGCCGAUGCGGGCGCAGUUCGAGAAGAUGGCCGUGGACGCCCGCGUCGACGCCGUGUUCGCCGGCCACGUCCACGCCUACGAGCGCACCCACCGCUACUCCAACAUCAAGUACAACAUCACCGACGGCAAGUGCACCCCCAUCGCCGACCGCCGCGCACCGGUCUACGUCGUCAUCGGCGACGGCGGCAACGUGGAAGGGCUCGCCGACGAGCUCACCUGGCCGCAGCCGGCCUACUCGGCGUUCCGGGAGUACAGCUUCGGCCACGCCGUGCUGGACAUCAAGAACCGCACGCACGCCUACUACGCGUGGUACCGCAACCACGACGGCAACAAGGUCACCGCCGACACCAUGUGGUUCACCAAUCGCUACCACAUGCCCAACCACGACGACUCCGUCUACUCUAUCCACGCGCCUGCCUCCGCCAAGCCAAACAAGGUCGCCUACGCGUCCGCGUAUUAG